AAUUUACACCCUCACGGACGAGCAGUCAAGCACUUGCUCUGUUGCAAACACAGCUGUAAGGAAGAUACCAGAGACGGGAGAGUUUUCGAGAACUAAGCGACGUCAACAUCAGCUGGCUUGAUAUGUUAUUCCAGCAGAUGCUGUACAAAAAAGACAACAAGCGCCUGGUAAAACAACCACUAACAGGUUGCUCUCAAGCAACAUUCACAUGAAACAACUGGUCCACAGUGAGGCUGAGGUCAUGUCUAACACAUCUUCCACCAUCCCAUCCUGCAAUCCACAGGAAACCUAUUCAAAUAGAUUAGCAUUGCUUAAAAUCAACAGAAGGAAGGUAUCAAGAAAGACUUCUAAAGAAAAAGAUGAAGAUGAGGACCCAAGACCUCGCAUUAGAGUAACAGAAGAGAACUUUCUACAAAUGAUUGAUCUCCAGCAGCCAUUCCAUCCAUUUCAGUCAAGGUCCUUCAUUAAGAAAUGUAGUGAGUGUGGCUUCCAUGCCUCCUCACUCUUGUCUCUGUUUUCUCAUGUGAAGGUGCACAUGGGAGGUAAUACAGAAAAAUGUGGGGAGUCUAAGGUGCAGAAAUCCUGUAAGGAAUUACUAGAAACACAGAGUAAACAAAUGCUGCCUCAGCGUGCUUCAAUGUGCAGCAUUUGCCAUUUAAACUUUACAACCACAGACCAACUGUUUGAUCAUAUGAAUAAGCACCGGGAUCACCUUCCAUUUGAGUGCCCAUUUUGUGAGCAUAAACUGACAAACAUGGAUGCAUAUAAAAAACAUGUUCGUCUCACACAUAGAAUUAAAUCUGUCAGAGAACUGAAGUUCAUGUGCCAAACAUGUGGUAUUUAUUUUUAUACGGGUGAUCACCUGCUUCUUCAUCGAGUAAAUCAAAAUCAUGAGAGUGAUCCAUUCUUAUGUAAGUCGUGUGGAUCUUCACUUGGUACAGCUAAUGAGUUUCGAAGUCAUAUCAUGGAACACACUCAGGAGGACAGAGAGGCAGCAAAUAUUGCUGUCUGCCAACAGUGCUACAAAGUUUUCUUCUCAUCCUUCAGACUCAAGUUCCACAUAGAAACCAAACAUAAUCAGUGUAAGAAACCUGACCCUAUUGAAGUUGAAGCAAAUAGUGUAUCCCCAAAGAAAAAGAAAAGUAAGGGUCCAUACUUGCGCUACUUAAGAGCAAAUGAAAAGUAUGAAUGUCACAAGUGCAAAAGGAGAUUCAAAACUUGUGAUACACUGAAAAACCACAUUGAAUACUCUCAUGGCAUAAAAAAAACAGUGAAGACAGACAACACAUGCAAGCUUUGUGGUCGCAAGUUCAACGCCCUUCGCCGUCUUGCAAACCACAUGAAAGUCCAUACUGGCACCAAACCAGUGUUUCAGUGUGAGGAGUGUGGACAAAUCUAUGGUAAAAAGAUGCAGGUAUUAGAACACAUCCGCACUGACCAUGCUGAACAAGUAAAACAACAACAGCAGCAGCAGCAGCAGCAGCAGCAGCAGCAGGCAGAAUUCUUACACUCUGCCCAAGAAGACUCAGUAGUAGACCUCCCAGAGCACCCUGAGGGAUCACUAGUGGAGGGAGCUUCCUCAUCCUCCUGGAGCCCCAUCAAAAGUCUGUUUAAAGUCCCUGCUGUAGAACAGACUCAGGAAGCAGUGUAUAGUCUGCUGCAGUUAACAGAUUUCUGAAUAUGUAUUCUUUGUACUUCAAGCUUAAUUAAUUAACAGAAUGAUUUUGGUGAAUAUUUUUUUCUUUAAUACAGUAAGCCCCCCACACUUGGCGAAUUAAUUAGUCUGGCGAAACUACCGCCAAAUCUGAAUUUCACCAGCAUGAGUUCUUUAUACCAUAUAAAUUACCUAAAA